UGCCCCAGAUGCAAGUGGAUGCCCCUAUAUUUUGGCGCGUAAGAGAGCAUAUUUUCAAAAACAUCUUUGGCAAGGCGCUGCCGAUCUAUUUCAAGAUAAAUGACUCCGAGCUGAUAGUUCGCUUCACGGUUUCUGGGUUGGAUUUCAGCCACCUGCCUGAAAUCCUCUAAAAUUUGGCUAUAGCGAUAAAGCGUUUUGCCAAUCUGUCUGUGGCGGAGUGUGAGCAUCCCACGGUAGAAAUAGGCAUCUACAUAGUCUGACUUCAGAGCGAGGGACGAAAAGGUUCAUGAGGGACCCGAUUCGAAUCCUUGUCAAGAAAGAGGAGCUGACUCUGGAGGGAAUCAAACAGUUCUACAUUCAAGUGGAGAAGGAGGAGUGGAAGUUGGACACUCUAUGUGACCUGUACGAGACUCUGACAAUCACGCAGGCCGUCAUCUUUGUCAACACGCGACGCAAGGUGGACUGGCUGACAGAGAAGAUGCAUUCCCGAGAUUUCACCGUCUCUUCAAUGCAUGGAGACAUGGACCAGAAAGACAGGGAGAUUAUCAUGAGAGAGUUCCGCUCCGGGUCCUCCCGUGUUCUCAUCAGUACGGACCUUCUCGCUCGAGGUAUUGACGUGCAGCAAGUGUCACUUGUCAUCAACUACGACCUUCCAGCUAAUAGGGAAAAUUACAUUCAUCGGUGAGCGGGGUUUUUGAUAAGGGAUUGCAUAUAUGGAGGAGAAGGGAGAAAGGGUUAAAUGUGAGAGAGGGAGAAAUUUUUCCUUCCUACAUUAAAGGAUCGGUCGUGGUGGACGUUUUGGCCGAAAGGGAGUGGCCAUCAACUUCAUCACUAGGGACGACGAGCGUGCCCUGAAAGACAUAGAGCAAUUUUACAAUACCCAGGUGGACGAGAUGCCCAUGAACGUCGCUGACCUCAUCUAGCUCCAAAUAAAGCCCCCAACUUCACCAAUAAUUAUCCUCGUUAUCACUGUUAAUUAGUCAAAAAAUGUAAAAAAAUUACACGUAAUUCGACAAGUGAUAAGUGGGAAAAAAAGGAAAACUGAAAAGACUAGGUAACUAAGCUUUUUACUUGUAUUGUGAUAUUUAUUGUUGUAUGUGAUUCUGUACAGAAUGUUUACAAGAUUAGGUUUACACUUGAAAACAAUAUCGUUGAAUUUUAGGGUAUAAUGGACGAUAAUAAGCUAUCUAGGUAUAUUGUAGUAAGAGUUGUUGUCGAGCUAGCAGCGUAAUAAGCAGUAGCUAUAGCUUGCUUCGUUGGGGAACACAAGUACAAAGGAAAGCUGAUAAUUCCGUUCAAUAAAGUUGCUCAUUCUCGCGGGUUGAUUCAGAGACGGAGCUCAAAGGGGCUGAUCAAAAGGUAAUGGCUUCAUUAGCGCUAGCACCUGGCGUUGCAACUCGGGCUCCCGCCGACCGCACUAGAGUUCUAACACGGCCUG